AUGGACUCCGAAGACGACACAAAGGAUGAUGUGGAUUCUGGUAAUGAGUCAAGCGGAGACGAUGUCGACUUUGUCAUGGACGAGACUCACAGUACAAGGGAACGACAAAAAGAACUCGAAGAAUAUCCUUACGAAGUGUUAUCAACGGAAGAAAUUGUCCAGCACAUGGUUGAUUGCAUUAAAGACGUUAACACAGUAGUUGAGAUUCCAGCCACAACAACACGCAUACUGCUUAAUCAUUUUAAAUGGGACAAAGAAAAGCUAAUGGAACGUUUUUAUGAUGGCGAUCAGGAUCAGUUGUUUGCUGAGGCUAGAGUUAUAAAUCCAUUUAGAAAACCUGUCAUACAAAGACCAAAGUUGCCUAGACGGAUAUCAACUUCAGGAACAGAGGAAUGUGAAAUUUGUUUUUCAAUUCAUCCAUCAUCCAUUAUGACAGGUCUUGAGUGUGGACACAGAUUUUGCACCCAGUGCUGGUGUGAAUAUUUGACAACUAAAAUAAUGGAAGAAGGCUUAGGUCAAACGAUAGCGUGCGCGGCGCACGCGUGCGAGAUACUCGUGGACGACGCGACGGUGAUGCGGCUGGUGCGCGACGCGCGCGUCAAGCUCAAGUACCAACACAUUAUCACUAACAGUUUUGUUGAGUGUAACCGCCUGCUCCGCUGGUGCCCGUCGCCGGACUGCAGCAACGCCAUCAAGGUGGUGUACGUGGAGGCGGCGCCCGUCACCUGCCGCUGCACGCACACCUUCUGCUUCGCGUGCGGCGAGAACUGGCACGACCCGGUGCGCUGCUGUCUGCUCAGGAAGUGGAUUAAGAAGUGCGACGACGAUUCAGAAACAUCUAACUGGAUAGCCGCCAACACAAAGGAGUGUCCGAAGUGCAACGUGACGAUAGAGAAGGACGGCGGCUGCAACCACAUGGUGUGCAAGAACCAGACCUGCAAAGCCGACUUCUGUUGGGUUUGCCUCGGGCCCUGGGAGCCACAUGGUAGCAGUUGGUACAACUGCAAUAGAUACGACGAGGACGAAGCGAAGGCCGCCCGCGACGCGCAGGAGCGCUCCCGCGCCGCGCUGCAGCGCUACCUGUUCUACUGCAACCGCUACAUGAACCAUAUGCAGUCGCUGCGCUUCGAGUCCAAGCUGUACGCUUCGGUCAAGGAGAAGAUGGAGGAGAUGCAGCAGCACAACAUGAGCUGGAUCGAGGUACAAUUUUUGAAGAAGGCAGUGGACAUUCUCUGCCAGUGCCGACAGACGUUAAUGUACACGUACGUGUUCGCGUACUACCUGCGCAAGAACAACCAGUCGGUGAUCUUUGAGGACAACCAGCGCGACCUCGAGUCCGCAACGGAGACCCUCUCGGAGUACCUCGAGCGUGAUAUCACUAGCGAGAACUUGGCUGAUAUCAAGCAGAAGGUCCAAGAUAAGUACAGAUAUUGUGACAGCCGGCGCAAGGUUCUCCUCGAGCACGUGCACGAAGGCUAUGAAAAGGACUGCUGGGACUACACAGAGACAACAAUGUGGCAU